UCGUUCUAAUUUUUUUCUUAUUUUCUUAGUAGUCUUAUAGUAGUCUUAGAUUUUGCAUUUUGAUGAGCCUCGUUUUGAGGAAUUCAUGGAAUAAUCCAUUUUCAUGGAAUAAUGAAUUAAGGAUAUGAGUCUACCGCUUACAAGAAAAGAUCUCAUGAUAGUCAAUAUGGGCCCUCAACACCCAUCAAUGCAUGGUGUUCUUCGACUGAUCGUUACUCUCGAUGGUGAGGAUGUUAUUGAUUGUGAACCCAUAUUAGGCUAUUUACACAGAGGAAUGGAAAAAAUCGCGGAAAACAGAACUAUUAUACAAUACUUACCUUAUGUAACACGAUCUAACAGUUCAAGUACAGUUGAUAUAGUUGAAGCACAGUCUAAAUAUGGGUUUUUUGGAUGGAAUAUUUGGCGCCAGCCUAUAGGUUUUCUGGUUUUUCUAAUUUCUUCUUUGGCAGAAUGUGAAAGAUUACCCUUUGAUUUACCAGAAGCGGAGGAAGAAUUAGUAGCAGGUUAUCAAACCGAAUAUUCCGGUAUAAAAUAUGCUUUAUUUUAUCUUGUUUCUUACCUAAAUUUAUUAGUUUCCUCUUUAUUUGUAACAGUUCUCUACUUAGGUGGGUGGGAUUUAUCUAUUCCCUAUAUAUCCUUUUUUGAUUUUUUCAAAAUGAAUAACGCAGUUGGAAUUUUGGAAAUAACAAUGGGUAUCUUUAUUACAUUAACUAAAGCUUAUUUAUUUCUCUUCAUUUCUAUCACAAUAAGAUGGACUUUACCCAGGAUGAGAAUGGAUCAGUUAUUAAAUCUUGGAUGGAAAUUUCUUUUACCUAUUUCCUUGGGCAAUCUCUUAUUAACAACUUCUUUCCAACUUGUUUCACUAUAAAGAAAAUAAUACAAUAACAGUAAGAAUAUUUUCAACACAAAGGCUCUGUCAAACAAGAGAAAGAAACAUAUCUUUUUCAUAGAUAUAGAAUGAAUAUGUUCCCCAUGAUAACUGGGUUCAUGAGUUAUGGUCAACAAACAAUACGUGCUACAAGGUACAUUGGUCAAAGUUUCAUAACUACCUUAUCCCACACAAAUCGUUUACCUAUAACGAUUCAUUACCCUUAUGAAAAAUCAAUUACACCGGAACGUUUCCGGGGGCGAAUCCACUUUGAAUUUGAUAAAUGUAUUGCUUGUGAAGUAUGUGUUCGGGUAUGUCCGAUAGAUCUACCCCUUGUGGAUUGGAGAUUUAAAAAGGAUAUUAAAAGGAAACAGUUGCUUAAUUAUAGUAUUGAUUUCGGAGUUUGUAUAUUUUGUGGCAAUUGUGUUGAGUACUGUCCGACAAACUGUUUAUCAAUGACUGAAGAAUAUGAACUUUCUACUUAUGAUCGUCAUGAAUUGAAUUACAAUCAAAUUGCUUUAAGCCGGUUACCCAUCUCCAUAAUGGAAGAUUACACAAUUCAAACAAUUAGGAAUUCGACUGAAAAUAAAAUAGACGAAGAGAAAUCGUCGAAUUCAAGAACUAUUACUGAUUACUAAACUCAUAUUUUUUUUUGUUAUAAAAAUAUCCUAAUCCCUUUUUACUUCCUGGAAUCCUUUAGUUUUAGUCAGUUCAUGAAAAAUUUUAUACUAUUUUAAUUUCUUUUUAUCCAUAAUGGAUUUACCUGGACCAAUACAUGAGAUUCUUAUGCUAUUUGGGGGCUUUGUUCUUCUACUAGGAGGUCUAGGAGUAGUAUUACUUACCAACCCCAUUUAUUCUGCCUUUUCGUUGGGAUUAGUUCUUGUUUGUAUAUCCUUAUUCUAUUUUUUAUUAAAUUCCUACUUUGUAGCUGUGGCACAACUUCUUAUUUAUGUGGGAGCCAUAAAUGUCUUGAUCAUAUUCGCUGUCAUGUUCGUAAAUGGCUCAGAAUGGUCUAAAGAUAAGAAUUAUUGGACUAUUGGAGAUGGGUUUACUUCAAUCGUUUGUAUAACUAUUGUUUUUUCACUAAUGACUACUAUCCCAGAUACAUCAUGGUAUGGAAUUCUUUGGACGACAAGAUCAAACCAAAUAGUAGAACAGGGUCUCAUAAAUAAUGUUCAACAAAUUGGGAUUCAUUUAGCAACCGAUUUUUAUCUUCCGUUUGAACUCAUUUCCAUAAUUCUUCUAGUUUCUUUAAUAGGUGCAAUUACUAUGGCUCGGCAAUAAGAAAACUUAGAAAGAGUAAAAAUUAUAAGAAUUGCAAAUCUAAAAUAAAUAACUAAAGAAUCACAAUUUUGAUUUAGUAAAAACCAUCUACCGCCAACAAAUAACUUCUUUCUUUUCUCUUUUGUUGUGUAAUUGUUCUAUUGUAAUUAAUUAAAUCGGUUCAAUUCUUGUCCUCAUAUUGAAAUGAAUCGGGAUUGAUAAGGAGUUAAUUAAUGAUGUUUGAGCUUGUACUUUUUUUGAGUGUCUAUUUAUUUUCGAUUGGUAUCUAUGGAUUGAUCACAAGCCGAAACAUGGUUAGAGCUCUAAUAUGUCUUGAACUUAUACUUAAUUCAAUUAAUCUAAAUCUCGUAACAUUUUCUGAUCUAUUUGAUAGUCGCCAAUUAAAAGGAGACAUUUUCGCAAUUUUUGUGAUAGCCCUUGCGGCUGCUGAGGCCGCUAUUGGACUAUCCAUUCUUUCUUCUAUCCAUCGUAAUAGGAAAUCGACUCGUAUCAAUCAAUCUAAUUUAUUGAAUAAUUAGACUAUGGAAUAAUUGGACUUUUUAAUUAAGUAGACAUACAAUCCUCUAAACAAAGGCGCACAUAUAACAAUAUGGAAUAUUAAGAUGAAUAGAAAUCAAUACUAUACUAUACUA